AUGCCAGGGAGCGUGCCGCUGGCGCUGGGGCUGGACACGGUAGGGCUGCAGGUCCCGUGGUACUUCCGUUGCCCAAUCUCGCUGGAGCUCAUGCAGGACCCCGUCACCGUGGCGACCGGCCAGACCUACGACCGUGCCAGCAUCGAGUCGUGGGUCGCCACGGGGAACACCACCUGCCCCGUCACCCGCGCGCCGCUCGCCGACUUCACGCUCAUCCCCAACCACACCCUCCGCCGCCUCAUCCAGGAAUGGUGCGUCGCGCACCGAUCCCUCGGCGUCGAGCGCAUCCCCACGCCCAAGCAGCCGGCCGACCCGGACCUCAUCCGCUCCCUGAUCGCCCAGGGCCCUGCCCUCCCCGUCCUCAGGAAGCUCAGGGCGCUCGCCAGGGAGUCUGACAAGAACAGGCUCGUCAUGGCCACGCACGAGACCAGGGCGGCUCUGGUGGAAAUGGCGUUCGGGGGCAGCGCCGAGGAGGCUCAGGCGGAGGCCAUGGCGGUCCUUGCCCUGGUAGGGAUGGGGGAGGCGGAAGCUGUGGAUGUGGUGGGCAGGGAAGAGAGGGUCACCAGGCUUGGCAAAGUUCUUGGCAGCCAGGGGACGACCUUGGAGGCCAAGGUUAAUGCAGGUGCCGUCGUGGAGGCGGCUGCUGCGGUGUCUGGGGCGGAGGCCAGGGUGGUGCUUGGCGCAGCUGAUGGAGUCAUUGAAGGCCUGGUCGCGCUGGUGGACGAGAAGGCAAAUGCCCGUGCAGUGCGCAUUGGGAUCCGAGGCCUCUUUGCUCUCUGCCUGGCCAAGGAGAACAGACAGCGCGCCGUAUCAGCUGGUGCCGCAUCAGCUCUGGCCCGCCGAGUGGCGGAGGGCGGCUGCGUCGGCGAGCUGGAGCGUGCGCUAGCAGCGGUGGAGCGACUGUCCCGGACAGAGGGUGGCCGCGAGGCGGUUGUCUCGGGCGCUGGAGGUGGUGCCGCGGUGGUGAUCGCGCUAGUGCGCGCCAUGUCCGGGCGCGGCGCUGAGCAUGCUGCGGGCGCAUUGGUGGCCGUGGUGGGCGGGUCUGAGGGGCUGCAGCUGGAGGCCGUCCGAGCAGGUGCCAUGAGUCAGCUGCUCAUGAUGGUGCAAGGCGGCUGCUCGGAGCGUGCCAAACGCAAGGCGCAGCACCUCCUGAAGCUGCUCCGGUCUGCCUGGCCGACCACCGAUUCCAUGGCCAACUCGGCUGAUUUCCUCCAACCAUACUAA